AUAUCCGCAAUGGAAGAUGACGAAAGGCACGUUUAUAGGCACGUUUAUCAUGGAUUUUUCGGUGAAGAAAAGACCACUAUUUUCUUUGUUUGCUAUAUACUUUUGCUGUAUUGACUCUGGAAAUUAUUUAAAACUUUUUUGAAAUGUGGCUCUUCAGUAUCACUCAUCAGCAUGGUUGGUGCAGAAGGCUGAUGAAGCCUGUGUCAAACGCAGGUUUUCAGCUGACCUCCUACCACGCUACAAGCUCAGUUCUGUGUCCGUUGGAAAGGAGCAGCAAACCUGUGGUGAGGAGACGACGCAGUCUGUUAAAAAGCUCUACUGUCCAACACGUGCCUGUUGCAGCUGAUGGAAAGAGUGAUCAGCCUUCACCCCCGCCUAAAGCCUGGAAGAAGGAGGUUUCAUUUAUGAAGAAGGAAGCCUCACAUGGCAACAACCGUGGAAUAUCAUUUGAGCUCAAGAAGCUCUGUCUGGAGGACUUCACUGAAGAGAAGGCCAGACUGGGCAGAGAGACCUCUACGAUGCUCUCCAGUGAUAAGAAAUAUGAGAUUGUUUUUGGCAUUGCACCCUGUCUAUUCGCUCUUACUCAAAGAAGAAGGAAGGUCUACAAGCUGUUUGUUAAAGAUGGUGAGGCUGCGCAUAGGAAUUCUGUGUUAAAGGUUUGCGAGGAGGCUCACCGAUGGGGAGUCCCAAUCCAACGCGUCAGCAAGAAAGAUCUGGACAAGUUGGCUGCUGGACGUGUUCAUCAAGGAGUGUGUCUGCAAGCCAGUCCUCUGAAAUACCUCGUUGAGGACAAAGUCUCUGCAGGCCUGAGAAAAGAUGACGCUAUUCCUCUCUGGCUUGUCCUGGAAGAAAUCCAGGACCCGAUGAAUCUGGGUGCCAUUCUGCGCUCUGCGUAUUUCCUUGGUGUGGACAGAGUGGCCAGCAGUCUUCGCAGUAGCUGCCCACUGACACCAGUGGUCAGCAAGGCCAGCUCCGGCAUCAUGGAGGUGCUGGGAGUUUAUGGAUAUCAAAACUUAGAAGAUAUGAUUAAAAUGAAAGCAGCACAAGGUUGGCAGGUGAUCGGCACGGUGGGAGCUGAAACGGAGGAGAUCCUGGUCCCUGUCACCCACUGUUUGGACUUUAACAUGACUAAACCUACGUUGUUGCUGAUUGGAGGAGAAGGGGACGGUUUGUCUCAGCAGCUGCUUUCUUUAUGUCAAACCCUUCUCACCAUCCCACCUGGAAGAAACCUGCUUCCUGGGAUAGAGUCUCUCAAUGUGUCCGUAGCUGCAGCCAUUCUGCUGCACUCUUUACUGUCGUCCAGAAGGUUGCCCAUUUAAUGACCAGGGGGGUGGCGGGUGGCUUUUCCGCUGGUAGCGAGUGAAGUCACCCCACUGCAAACUCACCCCAGGUGAAGUCACCCAGUCCAGUUAAAGUCACCCCACUCCAGCUAGCCAUGCUUAUUUUUUUAAAUAAUUAAGAAUGACUACUUUAAAGUUAGAGACCCGUCGGUGUGAAGUAUAGAAAUGAGCAGUGCUCUCUGCUUCUCCCAUCAAUGGGCUUUAUACCUGACAAUUACAUUCCCCUACCUUAAAACGUCAUCUCACUAACAAAACUUGAGUAAGAACAGGAUAAUAUGCCCCUGGUGUGUAUAAAUACUUUAUUACAAGAACAUAUCAGAAUUGAAAUAUUGUGUUACUAGAGUGGGGUGACUUCACCUGGGAUGACUACCCAGUGGGGUGUCUUCACUAUGAACCUUUCCGUUACGCUGUCCAAAACAUAAAGAAAACAUAAAAAUCUAAAGCAUGCAAAUGUUUGAAUUUGUCAACUUAGGUUAAAAAGUUGACUCAGUAUGUUCCACUAUAUUAGGUUUGACCAACUUUGUUCUUAAAAUAAACUUGAACUCAGUACAGUUCAGAAGAAGGAAGUCCUAUAUAGGUUCUGAGGCCCAUUGGUGACUGUUCCUAUCCUUGGAUUCCAUAGUAAGAUAAAGCGGAUGAGAGUCUACAACUAUGUAUGGAACACCAGCCCAUUGCAGGUUAUUUCCCAAACCAUUUACAGCUGGGUGGCUUUUUUUUCAGGGGUACAGACAGGUAGUAUGACUGGAAUUGAACCCAAGUCUACAUAUUGGUAGGCAGCCCAACUCCUAAACCAACGGCGCUACCUGCUCUACAUUGUGUAGUGUAGUUAAAAUAUGUAGUAAUGAAAUGAAAGAAAAGUGAAUCAGGCAAACUCAAAUAAGGAUUAGUAUAAAAACUAAAUUCUCUAUACUACUCUUACACCUGUUGUCACUAAACACAAGAGCAGGUUGACCCUAAACUAAAAGGCAGGUGGAUCAAACCUUGCUUAUGUAAAAUUGUUCUUGAGCAAGUCCAAUUUGCAACUAGGCACUACACAAUUAGAGAGUGGAAUGAAAAUAAUGUGCAUUUCUUUAAAUAUGCAGAAAACAAAGUGCAAUGUAUUUACAAAUGUUCAUUAAUCUGAAUAACACUUUUGAAUUAGCAAAAUUUAACAUUAUCUUUGAGUGAACGUUUAACCUAAGUUGACCCAACUAGUGAAUUUAAAAUACUAUGAAGCAGAUACACCUAUAUAUUAAACUGAACAUUGAACAUUUCACACCAGAAUAUGGAUUAAAUCUGGGUUCAACUCUCCCAUGUGCCUUCUGGUAAACUGGCUGAAAUUGAAUGUUCCUUUUAAUAAAAUCCUUUUCUGUGCCACUCCAACAUGAAGCUGUAGAAUGGGAUGCAACUGACAAAAGUUUCACUCUGCAAAGUUUCUCCAGUCAGCCACAGAAGCCCAUAACUCUUUCAGAGUUGUCAUCUGUGUCUUGGUGACUUUCCUCACUUGUCUCUUUCUUGCACAGUCACUCAGUUUUUGAGAACUACCUACUCCAGAUAGAUUCAUCAUAUAGUAACAUAGUGUUUGUAUUUCUUAAUAAUUGAUGUAAAUGAAGUCAAGGUCAUAUUCAGUGACUUGGUAAAUGACUUGGUAAACUAGCUGUAAAGGUGAUUAUUUUUAUUAAGUAAUGCUUACAUUUAGAUUGUCCAAUUACUUAUGAGUUCUGAAAAUGGAAGCACUGUGUAUACAAAUGACUGUAAAAGGCUCCUUGAAUUAAAGCUGAAAGUCUUCACUACAAGCACAUCUUGAGUGUUUCAUUUCCACUGUAGUGGCAUACAAAAGCAAAAAAGUGUCGCUCUCCAAAUACUUAUGUAUUUGAAUGUAAUGACAUGAAGAAUUCAAAAUGUUUUGAAGUAGUGUUUCAAGUUAGUCAUCACUAACUCAUACAAAAAGCUUUGGUACCAUCCCCUGCCACACUGUCUAUCUAUUCUGUAAUUCCAGUGUUGCUUUCCCAUUCUGUUGUGUAUUUCUGAUCAUAAGGUGAAGUCUGUCUUUUCAUGUCCACUCUGGAAUAAAGUUUGAAACUCUAAA